CCUUGAGUCUCAUAAAAACAUAAUUCCAUUAUUUCUCUCCCACACUUUCUUUAUUUUCUCACGUCUCCAAAAGCUUCUCCCUCUUUCUUUUUUUUUUCUAUCACGCAAACUCAUCAUUUAGCUAUAGUAGCUUAAUUAAGUAGCUCAACAAGUUCAAAUUACAAUGGGUAGAUCACCUUGUUGUAACAAAAAUGGCCUCAAGAAAGGACCAUGGACACCAGAAGAAGACCAAAAACUUAUUGAUUACAUUCAGAAACAUGGGUACGGCAAUUGGAGAGUACUCCCAAAGAAUGCUGGUUUGCAAAGGUGUGGAAAGAGUUGCCGUCUCCGUUGGACAAACUAUCUCCGACCAGAUAUAAAGCGAGGUCAAUUCACUUUUGAAGAGGAAGAGACUAUAAUACAGCUACAUAGCAUUCUUGGCAACAAGUGGUCAGCUAUUGCUUCUCGCUUACCCGGAAGAACAGACAAUGAAAUCAAGAAUUACUGGAACACCCACAUUAGAAAAAGGCUUCUAAGGAUGGGAAUUGACCCUGUGACACAUAGGCCAAGGCUUGAUCUUUUGGACCUAUCUUCCAUCUUAAGUUCAACCCUCUACGGUUCAACACAAAUGAACAUCCAAAGACUUCUUGGCACUAACACAGUGGUGAACCCUGAGCUUCUAAAGUUGGCCUCGUCACCCUUCCCCUCUCUGCAGCAACGCCAACACCAAAACAUGUGUGCACAAAAUUGUGAAGAGAACCAUCUCUGUGACCCCCAAAUUCAGAACCAAAUCCCUCAGGACUUGGCUCAAGAAGCAUUGCCUUUCAAUCAUACACAGUUUGUUGAAUCCAAUAUGAAUAUUAUUCCAUACCCUUCAAUUUUCCAAGACUCUAGCUUCCAACAACAUUCUCAACCAAGUGAUUUGCAUUGCAACGGAAUUGAUCAUACAAGUUAUGUUCCUCAAUUACCAAACUAUGAUUACCCUCCAAUUUCUGAACUCUCAACUUAUAACAAUUCCUAUAACAACAACCAGAACUUCAGCUACACUUCAGUUCUCUCAACGCCUUCUUCAAGUCCCACACCGUUGAAUUCGAACUCGACGUAUGUCAAUGGGUGCAGCAGCACUGAGGAUGAGACAGAAAGCUAUGUCAGUAGCAACAACUUGUUGAGAUUUGAAAUCCCAGAUAUGCUAUACGUAUGACUAAGUACUCAUAUAAUUAACUUAUUCACAUCAUGAAACAAUCGUCUCGAACAAAAUUGAUUUAUUUAUCUGGGGCUAGCUAGAUAAUCACAAUGGAUCGAUUGUGUUCAUACUUGUAACAUUUUCUAAAUUUUUAAUAGUAUUGGUAGUUGACUUUCUGCAUUGAGGCUUUUGAUGUGUUAGGAAAAAGAAGUCCUUAUAUAUCCUUUUCCAAUUA